AUGAAUAAACAAGCUGGAAAUAAAAAAGUUAUAAAAUUGGCUGAAGCCCUUACAUCCUUAAAACAAGAUGAAAUUGAUUCAUUUGUACACCUAUUUAAAGAAAGAAUAGCAGCAAAACCAAAAUUUUCAAAAAAGUUAGCGUCUGAUAUACUUUCUGUACAACCACAUUCUCGAAGAUUUACUUUUCCAUUAAAUAUAUAUAAUUAUAAAAAGGAUAUUAUAUUCAAUUUGUAUGCUAAAUUAUUCCAAUCUAUCAGAAAUACAAUCUUUAUGGGAAAUAAUUCAUCAAAAUAA